AUGGAGACACGGCGGAGUGCGAGCCGCUGCGGCGUUCGUCACGGAGCGUCGCGCGGGCCUUCGCCCGUGAAGGCUGCGGGGCUCUGCCCUAGCAUCCUCGUCUCUGAGUGGCUGGCGCACAAGCUCAUUCGAAGGUACCUAGAAGGCUUCUCCGAGCAGACGUGGCCUUCUGUCGUCAAGUGGACGUUUAUCCUCGGCGUCUUGUCGCUUCGGAACUCCGACGUUCCUCUCCACAGUCUCUCGGUUGAUGACCUGAUUGACAUUGUGAAUCAGAACGGCUACUGCAGCCUCACGCCGGCGCAGCGCCUCGCGCCACUGCAGUGGGCAGGCCCACCCGAGUGCGCCUUCCCAGGCGCGGCGCCCGUUUCCACGGCUUUGCCUCCACAGGGGCGUGGUUCGCCCGGCGAGUACUCCGCAGCUGAGCUCCCCGCGGCGGCCGUCUCGGCGCGGGCGGCCUGUGGACUCUCUACCAAGAGGAAAACAGUGACUUUCUCGCAGAUCUCGCCAGCUGCACGCGGAGGCGCCUCUCGAGAGUGGCUUGCAAGAAAACCGAGCAGCGACUGGAGGAAUGGAGAGUCUUCUGCCUUCGCGACUCCGCGCGAGGCGUCGCCUACGUUUCCGCCAAAGCGCUCGACGCCUGGGGCUCCAGAGGCCUAUCCGUCGUGGGGGGCGGACUGGUCCCCGCCGCUGGGCGGCGUGGCGUAUUCCGCUGCGGCUUUCGGCGCCUCGCCGCUUUCUCACGCCGCCAUUGCGUCCCUCGGCGACCCAGAUGAGAAGGAGAACGUCUCGUCUCGCAGCGACCCGCGCGGGGCGGCGUGUGGCUUCGACGGCGAAUCGCUCGACCCGCGGGUGUCUUCCUCCCGUGGAGGAGAAGACAGAGGCCUCGCGGACGCCUCGGCGCCGACGCCAGAGUUCGGUCGGUGUGCGCGUGUGGGGAGCGGCUUGAGGCCGCUGGGCGCUUGCCGCCUCCUGUCUCCUCGAGUCUCUCGCGAAGGUGUCUCCGCCGCCUACUCCUCGAAGCUGGGAGGGCGAGGCGCGCUUGCAGAAGGCGCGCGCCUGCCGCCGCGAGGCCUUUGGGUCACGCCGAAGGCCGUCAUCUCGCGCGCACCUCGCGCUGCGUGUUCGCUCGGGGUCCCCACGCAGAGAGCCUCGCCUCUUCGGGCCUCGGCUUUGCGGCGCGCGACGCCCGCCGCAGGGGCGCGCGGGUCUGCUGGGAGGCUCGAGGGCGCGGCGGCGCGGGGGAGGUGGCUGGGCACGGCGGCUCUGUUGAAGCAGCGAAAUCUGCACGUGUCGCUGCCAGCCGCAUCCCCGCGUCCCCCCAUUGACGGCUUCCAAGCCUUCCGCCCUGCCCAGGAAGCGAGCUGGGUCUGCACGCUUCGCCCCAGCUCGCACAAGCACCUGCCGCCGCCCGCCGCAUCCUCCUCGCGCCCGCCGCUGGCCGCAGAGAGCCUCAGCCGAAGGCGGGAAAGACGCGCGCGAGACGCCGACACAGAGCGGCGCGCCGCGGCGGGCCUGUCGUGGUUGGGUGGCAGUUGCGCGGAAGACGGCCAGGGCGACGACGCGCUCGCUGACGGAGAGAGUGACUCUCCGUGGACGCUCGGCUGGGGCGGAUACGACGAAGACGAAGCGGCCUCGCUCGCGGGAGGACCGGAGCGAGGCGAGGAAGCAGAAAACCGGCGAGGAGGAACGACCCGGGCUGCCGCGCCUGUCGGCGGCGCGAUCGCUCAGGCGGUUCGGAGGGCGCGCGCUGCGGCAGUCCCGUCUGACACGAGAGCAGCGCUGCGCGACGAGGGAGGCGAGGACGCGUUGCUGGCGAAAUCCGCAGUCUUGCCUUGCUCGUAUUUCCAAGCGGCGUUCGCCGCGUACUCGGAGACGCCAGGUGUACGUACACCGCAUCGCCGCGGAGACGCCGGGCCAAAGAAGGCGGCGUGCAGCUGGGAGAUCGACGUUCACGGGAAGGCGAAGCCGCUGCAGCGCGGGGGGUUUCUGUCGGGCUCUGUAAGGCAGAAGACGGAUUCCCAGGCGCCGCCCGCCAGCGAGCCGUCCGCAGCUUUCUCUGUGCUGCACCAUCCGAGCUUGUUGGAAGCUUCGUCGGCGAUCUCCGUCUCUCCCCCUUCGCCGCCCGCGCUGGCUGGCGAGGCUGGAGGUCUCUACGCAGAGGGAUCGCUCCUCUGCGAGAGGCGGGCGAGUGUGGGUAGUGAGACGCUUUCGUCGCUAUCGCUGGAUAGAAUCCCCUUCUCGCCCAGCGGCCGCUCGCCUCCGCGCCUCACUGCGGCAGACGUCUCCUUCGCGAACUUGCCUGUGCGUCCGCGGCGAGAAGAAAGCCCCCGCGGCGCAGAGGAGACUGUGGGCGGCGCGGCGGACGGCCAGAGAGGGAGUCUCGCGGCCUGCAAGGCCAUUCCAGGCGCGCGGCAGGUGCCGCGCGACUCCGAGCUGCCGUUGAGUGCGAGCUUCGUGAGCAGCGAGAGCUCCUUCAGGAGUGAGCGGAUGGCGGCGGAGAAGGGCGACGGCGAAGGCGACGACGCUGCGAGCCCGGCACUGGGAGAGGAAGACACGCUGGCGAUCAAAGACCUCCUGGAGAUGUACUGGGGCGAUACAGAGCGGGCGUGCGCAGAGAGCGGAGCAAAAAGCGAGCAGGAAACUCACGCGCACUUCUUCGAAGACGAGACGCAGGAAGCGACUUGCGUCGGCAGCACCCCAGCCCUCUUCUAG